UUUACCAAGAACUAGCCGGAACACCCUUACAUUAAGAUGGUGCGGAGAUGUGAUGACGGCUAUAGGUUGUUCGUGUAUUGGAGGUUAUCGUGCGAGUCCGCCCGUACACGACGUUUUCUUCCUACAAUCCAAAUUGUUGACACAGCGGUACCCCAGGCUCACGGCCUAAGCAAUCCUGACUUCGAAUCUAUGUGUGGGUUCUGGAAAAGAAUGAGAAGGGUUAAGGCCGUUAGAAACGAUCUGAGUCAAAUCAUUCUGAAGGGGCAGAUGUCUGUUGUCCCCGAAUUGUCCAAGUUUCUUCAUGAUGAUCCAUAUAUUCAACCAUACGUUCAAGAAAUAGAAAGAAGGUACAAGUGCUUUAAAUCAAUCAAGACAGACAUCCAAAAUCAUGAAGGGGGAUUGGAGCCCUUCUCCCGAGGCUAUGAGAAGUUUGGCAUUAACAGGACAGCCUCUGGUGGCCAGGUGUACCGCGAGUGGGCUCCUGGUGCACAUGGGUUGUUCCUAAUUGGUGACUUUAAUGGGUGGAACAGGACUUCACAUCCAUGCAAGAGGAAUGAGUAUGGAGUCUGGGAACUAGAGAUCCCUUGUUUAGACAACGGCUCUUUAUCUAUACCUCAUGGCAGCAAAGUCAAGGUUGGCAUCCAACUGCAGUCUGGUGAAAUAGUAGACCGCAUCUCUCCUUGGAUCCGCUAUGCCGCGCCUCCUCAAGAUGAAACUAAUACUGUGUACGAAGGAAUUAACUGGGACCCGCCCAACCCUUAUCAGUUCAAGCACACUCGCCCUAAAAGGCCCAAAAGUCUCCGUGUUUAUGAAGCUCACGUUGGCAUUGCAUCCAAUGAGCCUAAAGUUGCCAGCUAUCAGCACUUUGCUGAGGUUGUCAUUCCCAAAGUCCAUGGAUUGGGAUAUAAUUGCAUCCAGCUUAUGGCAGUGAUGGAGCAUGCAUACUAUGCUUGUUUUGGUUACCAAGUGACCAGCUUCUUUGCAGCAUCAAGUCGUUAUGGAACUCCAGAUGAGCUACGCCUUUUGAUUGACACUGCACACUCGUAUGGGAUAGUAGUGCUGCUAGAUAUAGUGCACAGUCAUGCGGCCAAGAACGUGAUGGAUGGGUUGAACCAGUUUGAUGGCACAGAGGGCUGUUAUUUCCAUUCGGGAGGGAGAGGAACCCACUCUCUUUGGGACAGUAGAUUAUUUGACUACACGCAAUGGGAAGUGCUGCGUUUUCUACUGUCCAAUCUCAGGUGGUACAUGGAUUUUUACCAAUUUGAUGGAUUCAGAUUCGAUGGUGUGACAUCGAUGAUAUAUCAUGAUCAUGGCCUUGGUCAUGGCUUUGGUGGUGACUAUCCAGAUUAUUUUGGCCUUGGGGUGGACACCCAGUCACUUAUUUACCUUAUGCUAGCCAAUGAAAUGCUGCAUAGCAUAUAUCCAGAUGUCAUAACUGUGGCAGAGGAGGUGUCCGGCUUGCCUGGCUUGUGUCGACCAAUAGCUGAGGGGGGAACAGGGUUUGACUACCGACUUGGUAUGGCUAUACCAGACAUGUGGAUCAAGGUGUUGAAGAGCCUCAAAGAUGAGGACUGGGUCAUGGGGGACAUCGUGUGGACGCUGAUCAACCGUCGACACAAUGAGAAGACGAUCGCGUACGCUGAGAGCCAUGACCAGGCGUUGGUGGGAGACAAGACAAUUGCCUUUUGGCUCAUGGACAAGGAGAUGUAUACUAACAUGUCCGACCUGACCCCGUUCACGCCCAUCAUAGACCGAGGAAUUGCACUGCAUAAAAUGAUUAGGUUGAUCACUAUGGGUCUCGGCGGAGAGGCGUAUCUAAACUUCAUCGGUAACGAAUUUGGCCACCCUGAGUGGCUUGAUUUUCCCCGCGCUGGCAACAACAUCAGCUACCACUACGCACGGCGCCAGUGGCACCUUGUUGACGACGAACUGCUGCGCUACAAAUACUUGUACAGAUUUGACAUGGCCAUGCAGCACUUGGAGGCUAAGUAUGGAUGGCUCAGCACCGAACAGGCUUACGUGAGCAAUAAACAUGAAGACGACAAGAUAAUCGCAUUUGAGAGAGGAAAUUUACUCUGGAUCUUUAACUUUCAUCCUACCAAGAGCUUUCCCGACUACAGAGUCGGAGUCAAUAGGGCCGGAAAAUUCAACCUCGUGCUAAGUACUGACGCUGAGGAGUUUGGCGGCCACAGACGAGUAGACCCUGACUGCCGGUACUACGUGGAGAGUAGACCUUGGCACAACAGGGCUUUUUCGCUUCUGGUGUACAUCCCGUGUAGAUGCGCCUUGGUGCUAGCCCCGGACGAUCUUCAACCGCCUACAACCUGACAAACCGGUCAAACGAGUUUUGGAUCAAAUGUAUUAGGUGAUGUACAGCUCCGUAGCAUUACGAUAGUCUGGCCACCUCGAUCAAUGAUAUAUUAGUAUAUGCCUUUUUAAACGACUGGAAUUGUCAAUGGAAGAAUAGGUUAAUAGAUUAAAAAGAAGAAAAAAUAAAAUGUGUUACAUGAUA